ACAGGACGAGGCAGAGCUUUCUUAUAAAUUUAUUACAUAAUAAUAAUAAUAAUUAAUAAUAAUAAUAUAAUAUAAGAAACAUAGAUCUCUGUGGGGGAUGUGUAUCACAACGUCAAGGGCGGGAGGCGAAUGGCCGCACCUCCGUGACUCCGGAGAAGGAGAAAGCUCCUCCGAAAAUCCAUACAAAAUUAAGGGUGAAGUCAAACUGACCCUGGGAAAUUAAAAACGGAACGAAAACCCACAGGUGAGUCCGGCUGGGGGCGGAACCGAGAGUGUGGCGGGGCCGGGCUGUGCACAUGCAGCGGGCGUGAGGGCGUGGCACAUGCAUGGGCAGUGAGGGCGUGGCCGGACAGCGGCCCCGCCGCGCGUGGGGCUGGCAGGGCCAUCGUCCCCCCGGGGGGCUGAGUGACCCCGGGGGGUUCUGCUCUUCGUCACACUCGGGGGUACGGACGGGCGGAUGGAGGGGGGCGAUGGCGCCGGGCGGGACAGCGGAAAAAAUAUCGACAGCUUGGGGGGGAAAAAUCCCCUUUGGAAGCGGGGGGAAAAGAAAAGGAAAAGUGUCUCCCUUUGUACAGCGGAAAAACCCGAGUGGUGGAGAAGCCAUGAGAGGAAUCACAGUAACCGCCGCGGCCCGGGGCGGCGCGGCCCGGGGGCGGCGUGGCCGGGGACGGCACGGCCGAGGGGUUGGCGUGGCCGAAUCCCAGUCAAGGGGUCGGCGUGGCCAAGAGGCCAAGCGGUGCUCAAAGGGUCAGCACGGCCAAGGGGUUGGCGUGGCCGAGGGGCGGCCAAGGGCUUGGCACGGCCAAGGGGUUGGCAUGGCCAAGGGGUUGGCAUGGCCAAGGUGUUGGUGUGGCCAAGGGGCUGGCAUGGCCAAGGGGUUUGCAUGGCCAAGGGGUUUGCAUGGCCAAGGGGUUGGCAUGGCCAAGGGGUUGGUGUGGUCAAGGGGUGGUCAAGGGCUUGGCAUGGCCGAUGGGUUGGCAUGGCCAAGUGGUCAACACGGCCAAUGGAUUGGCAUGGCCAAGGGGUUGGCGUGGCCAAGGGGCGGUCAAAGGGUCGGCACGGCCGAGGGGUUGGCAUGGCCAAAGGAUCAACAUGGCCGACAGGUUGGCAUGGCCAAGGGAUCAACAUGGCCGACGGGUUGGCAUGGCCAAGGGAUCAACAUGGCCGACGGGUUGGCAUGGCCAAAGGGCCAAGGGGUGGUCAAGGGGUCGGCACGGCCGAGGGGCUGGCAUGGCCGAAGGACUGGCAUGGCCGAAGGGCUGAGGCGUGGUCAAGGACUUGGCACAGCCAAUGGACUGGCGUGGCCAAGGGGUCAGCACGGCCGAGGGCUCAGCAUGGCUGAUGGGCUGGCGUGGCCAAGGGCUUGGCAUGGCCAAGGGUGCUCAAAGGGUCAGCACAGCUUAGGGGUCAGUGUGGCUGAGGGGUCAGUGUGGCUGAGGGCUGACCGAGGGUUUGGCACGGCCAAUGGCUUGGCAUGGCCAAGGGGUCAGUGUGGUCAAGGGGCCAGCCUGGCCAAUGGGUUGGCGUGGCCACGGCAUGGCCAAGGGAUUGGCACGGCCAAAGGGUUGGCAAGGCCGAGGGGUUGGCACGGCCAAAGGGUUGGCAUGGCCAAGGGGUCAGUGUGACCCCGGGAUUGGCGUGGCCAAGGCGUCA